AGUCCAUAUGUCUGCCUUCCGUUUGAUGGACAAACUUUGAAGCUUAAAAGCCUCAUUCUACUAAUUCUAAUUGGCUAAAGAGUGUUUAAUAAUGCAGAGCUUUAAGGGUAGAUGGUCACUCGUGGUUAAGAGGUUAUCAAUGUUUUAGGGCUCUAAUGAGGAUGAGGAUGAUGCUCUGAAGAAAGUGAUACCUGGAACACCAGGCCUAAUGUAAAGCUGAGCAGACUGCAGUUCAUCACCGUUAUACGCGACGCGUGAUUGGCUGAUCAUAUGGAUGCACAGAGCCAUGGAGUUUGCCGUGCCGAACAUGACGAAGGCUGGAGUUCAUGAACAGCGUCCCACAUAAAACACUGCCGACGUCACCUUGUGAUGCUUCAACAUGAAGGGAGUCGUUAACUGGAAGUGUCCGCCGGGACUCAUGCAUGGAGGAUCCAGAGUAAGGGUGCCCGAAGGAUGCCGUCCUGUCCCGGAUCCAGGACAUCUGACAUCCUUCACUUCUGAGAGCGAUGGCUUCUGAGGUUGUGUGUGGUCUGAUCUUCAGAGUGCUGUUGCCGGUGUGUCUGGCGGCAGCAUGUCUGUUCAGGUACAAUGUACUGUCCUUCAUCUACCUCCUCUACCUCCUCCUCAUCCCUCUCUUCCCAGAACCCUCCAGCAUCACCAUGCAAGGCCACACGGGGCGCUUGCUGAUGUCUUUAUGCUUCUGCAGUAUGAGCUUCCUCUUCAUCCACAUCAUCUAUCAAAUCACAAUCCACAGUUUGCUGGCUGGAAACACCAUUGAUUCUGAGUUCAACUGUUCGGUGUGGGAGAAGUCAAUACGACAGAUUGGUUUUGAGAGUGUUAUCGGUGCUGAUGCAGGCAAUGGUAUCCGAGUUUUCCUCCCAGAUAUCGGGAUGUUCAUGGCGAGCCUGUCCGUGUGGCUGCUGUGCCGGAAACUGGUUCGCACGCGUCCGAGUGAGGACAUGGCCCAGGACAACCACGACUUCGAGCCUGAGGAGAAGGCAGAGGAAGAGGAGUGUGAUGAAGAAGGUUUGGAUGAGGAAGAGGAGGAGGAAGAGGUGCAGGAGAGCACAAAGAUGAAGAUUCUGCGCAGAGUGGCAGGACUGGCAAAUAAACUCAAAGAGAUCAUCGGUAACCUCAUCACAACCGCUGGACAAGUGGUGGUCACCAUUCUCCUGGGAUUAACAGGUAUCAUGCUGCCCUCCCUGACGUCAGCCGUCUACUUCUUCGUGUUCUUGGGUCUGUGCACGUGGUGGUCGCUCUGCAAGACCUUCGACAAGCUCCUCUUCAGCUGUCUGUGUGUCCUCAUGGCCAUCUUCAGCGCUGGUCAUCUCAUCGUUCUUUAUUCCAACCAGUUCCAGUUCCUCCAGGAGGCCAUCAGGCCCAACGACAGCUACGUCAGUGUGUUUGGUAUCUCCUCCAUCGUGCGAACCGACUGCUCCUCUACCUGGAAGCUCGCUGUCAACCAUAAUCUGCAAUGGCACCAUUUUGUCAAUCCCAUCAUGCUCUUGGUCCUGUACUACACACUGGCCACCCUGAUCCGCCUGUGGCUGCAGGACCCUAUGAUCAUGCAGGAGAGUGAGGAAGAGGAGGUGGAGGAAGGAGAUGUGACGGCUGGAAACACAGUUCUUCAGAUGUUGGGCCGGAAGCGGCUGCUCUGGUGGAAAGCGCAUCAGAAAACUGAGGAAAGAAAUCUCAUCUGCACUCUGGACGGGUACAGCACCUCCGAGGUAGUGGUGGUGAACUCCAACGGGACGUCGUUUGACUAUGUGUCGGCCGUCCCCGUCGAGAACGGACCGGUCAGUCUGGACAUUUACUCCACUCCUCAUUACAAAGUGGAGCAGCCGGCAGAAUCUGAGGAGAAGACGGAUGAGAACACAAAUGAGAUCGUGGACUUACAGCUGGAGGAGGAAGAGGAGAAGGCAGAUGAGGAAGAGGAAGAGCAGGGUGGACCGCCAAGCACUCUCGUAAAAGUGUUCAAGUUCAUCAUGAAGCAGAGCUACAUCUGUGCUCUUAUCGCUAUGAUGGCGUGGAGUAUAACGUACGUGAGCUGGCUGACGUUUGUGUUUCUCCUCUGGUCCUGUACUCUCUGGAUGGUGCGAGACAGGAGGAAGUACGCCAUGCUGACCUCGCCGUUCAUGGUGGCUUAUGGGAACCUUGUGUUAGUCCUUCAGUAUAUCUGGAGUUUCGAGCGCUUGGAGGAGGUGCCUGGGUUCUUUCUGAAGAUGACGGUGCCCUUCACUGGACUGAGCUCAAAGAUUCUGUGUCAGCUGAGCUUCUGGCUUCUGUUCAGACAAACGCUGAUGGAGCGACAGGCGAGGAUGGAAGAAGAAGCAUCGCUCUGUGACGUCCAAGUAGACCAGCAGAAAAAAGGUGGUUUAUUAGAAUCUCUAAAAGUGGUUUCAAUGCAGAUUAACAGUCACAGCAGAAAAUCUCUUAGUUAUUUUAUAUCCUUAAAGAAAUGCAUUUCCAUGUGGGUUUCAGAGGAAGACAAAGAGGAAGAGGAAGUGGACGAGAACGACCUGAUGUAUGUGAUGGGGAACCUAGUGAAGGCUCUGCUGGUCAAAUACUGGAUCUAUGUCUGCGGAGGAAUGUUCUUCUUCGUCAGCUUUGAAGGAGAAUUAGCCAUGUACAAGAUCGUCUACAUGAUGAUGUUUCUCUUCUGCGUGGCUCUUUACCAGGUACACUAUGAAUGGUGGCGCAGGAUCCUGAAGUACUUCUGGAUGUCUGUGGUGUGUUAUACUAUGCUUGUGCUCAUCCUAAUCUACACCUGUCAGUUUAAGAACGCCAUCGCUACCUGGACCAGUAUGACAGGCUUGGGAGAGAAAGUACUGAAGGAUAUCGGUCUGGAGAAGUACAGCCUCUCUGAUUUGUUCACCCGUAUCUUCAUCCCCACGUCCUUCUUGCUGGUGUGUAUCCUGCACCUGCAUUACUUCCACGACCACUUUCUGCAGCUCACUGAUCUCAAAGCAGUGGUCAGCAAACAGGAGAGCACCAUUUACAGACUCGUUCAUCCAGACGGGAGUCUGGCGGAUCUGACGAUGAUGAGCACGUCUCCAGAGCCGCUGAAAGAGGAGAAGGAGAAAGAGAAAGAGAAGGAGUCCAUGAACGAGGUGCUGGUCGUGGACUGUGUGGAGAAGGAGAAGAAGAAAGAGUCUUUAUCCAUCCACUCGGCUCAUCUGUCCAGUCAGGAGGAUAAUCAGCAGUCCAGUGCCGCCACAGAUCCUGAACCGCCGUCAGAGCAGAGCUCAGACCUCAAGAAUAAGUGGCAUUUGGUGGUGGACCGGCUCACAGUCCUGUUCCUCAAGUUCCUGGAGUAUUUCCACAAGCUGAAGCUCUUCAUCUGGUGGCUCCUCGAGAUGCACAUCACCAAGAUCGUCUCCACCUACAUCAUCCUGCUGUCCGUCAAAGAGGUCUCGCUGCUGAACUAUGUGUUUUUGAUCUCGUGGGCGUUUGCGCUGCCAUAUAAGCAGUUUCGAGUUCUCGCGUCAAGCGCGUGCACCGUAUGGACGUGUGUUAUCAUCGUCUGCAAGAUGUUUUACCAGCUAAAGUCCAUCGAACCCAAAAACUACUCAAGCAUUUGUAUUAUGCACGAGAACUACACAGAGACGCAGAAGAAAUACAUGAAUACGUCCCUACUGUACCGGGAACCUGUAGAUCCUGCCAACUGGGUCGGUCUGGAGAAGUUUGAACCAACACUACUCUACCUGAGGAAUAACUUGUUGAUGUUGGCCAUCUUGGCGUUCGAGGUCACCAUUUACAGGCAUCAGGAGUUUUUCCGGCUGAGAAACCAACUCUCUCCUCCUCCCUCUCGAACCAUCUUUCACGAUAUCACCCGACAACACCUCGACCACGGAAUCAUCAAUUGUGCCAAAUACUUCAUAAACUAUUUCUUCUACAAAUUUGGUUUAGAGGUGUGUUUCCUGUUGGCGAUUAAUGUGAUGGGUCAGCGGAUGGAUUUCUACUCCAUGCUGCACGGUUUCGCUCUGGCGUUGGUGAUGUUCAGACGCCGGAGGAAAGCUAUCGCGGAGAUAUGGCCCAAAUACUGCUGCUUUCUGGCCUGCAUGAUCACCUUCCAGUAUUUAAUUUGCAUUGGAAUCCCAGGGGCUGCUUGUGCAGACUAUCCCUGGAGGCAUCCUAAGAGCAAGAUAGAGUCUAACGUCAUUAAAUGGCUUUACCUCCCUGAUUUCCACACUCAACCCAACUCCUUAUUCCUCGUCUAUGACUUCAUGCUGUUGCUGUGUGCGUCGCUGCAGAGGCAGGUGUUUGACGAAGAGAACAAAGCGGCCGUUCGUCUGAUGGCGGGAGAUAACGUGGAGAUCUGCAGAGAUCUGGACGCCGCAUCGUUCAGUGUUCACAAUCCAGUACCAGACUUCAUUCACUGCAGGUCGUACCUGGACAUGCUGAAGGUGAUCAUGUUUAGCUACCUGUUCUGGUUCGUCCUGACCAUCAUCUUCAUCACGGGCACGACUCGGAUCAGCAUCUUCUGCAUGGGUUAUCUGGUGGCGUGCUUCUACUUCCUGCUGUUCGGCGGCGAUCUCUUACUCAAGCCAAUCAAGAAGAUCCUCCGUUACUGGGACUUCCUCAUCGCUUACAAUGUGUUCGUCAUCACAAUGAAGAACGUCUUUGCUAUUUUGGCGUGUGGUUAUAUCAACACUUUGAUAAAGAACAACUGCUGGUUAAUUCAGCUGCUCAGUCUUGCUUGCACCAUAAAAGAAUACAAAGAUCUACAAGGCCCUUCUUCAACUACGACUACAAAUCAGUGUGUGCUCCCGAAGGAUGAGGCCGGGAUUAUCUGGGACAGCAUCUGCUUUACGUUCCUCCUGCUGCAGAGACGUGUCUUCAUGAGCUACUACUUCCUCCAUGUGGUCGCAGACAUCCGCGCCGGACAGAUCCUCGCAUCUCGAGGAGCCGAGUUGUUCCAGGCCAGCAUCGUGAAGGCCGUGAGAGCUCGUCUGGAGGAGGAGAAGAGAUCCAUGGAGCAACUUAAGAGACAGAUGGAUCGUAUUAAGACGCGUCAGCAGAAGUUCAAGCGAGGGAAGGAGAAGAUGCUCAGCCUUGCUCAGGUGUCCGGAGACGAGCCGAAACUCAUCCCACCCGACGAAAACAACGAUGAGGAUGAUGAUGAUGAGAGAAAGAAAAACAAGGUGCAAAAAAAGCAGUGGUGGAGGCCUUGGGUUGAUCAUGCGUCCAUGGUUAGAAGUGGUGAUUAUUACCUAUUUGAAACUGACAGUGAAGAGGAAGAGGAAGAAGACGAGAAAAAAGAUGAAGAACCACCCAAGAGAUCAGCCUUUCAGCGAGCGAUCAGAAAGUUUGCUUCAGCCCUCGUGGCUUUACCCAGAUCAGUCAUUAAACUGCCCAAAACUGUUCUGAAGUAUUUAAUCCGAGCGGCCAAGUUUGUGUAUCAUACCUGGAUCACUGACUCGAAAGCAGUCCUGAAGCAACGAGUCAAAGAGAGGCGUUAUUUCUGGAAGCGCAGACACAGGAAAGACAAGAAAGAAGUUCAUGUGGCGAUAGAGGUCGGGGAAGAAGAACGUCAGAGUUCAGAGGAAGAGAAAUCGGACGGACCAGACAACAUCAUCAAGAGGGUUUUCAACAUCAUCAAGUUCACGUGGGUGUUGUUUCUGACCACCAUCGAGAGCAUCACCAAGUGGCUGAACUCCGUCUGCAGGGAAUACAUCGACAUCUCCACCGUCCUGCGCAUCGAGCGCUGCAUGCUGACCAGAGAAGUCAAAAAGGGUAACGUGCCGUCCCGUGAGAGCAUCCAUGUGUAUUACCAGAAGCAGAUGAAACUCAAUGGAUCUCGUGAAUCUGGCCUGGACCGGAUCAGUGAGGAGGAUUCGGGCUCGAUCAGAGCUCGCCGCAGACGGGGCGGACACAGUCUGGAUUCCCUCCAGUCUGGAUUCGCCUCCAGAGACAGCCUCUCCAGCGCAUACACCGAAGCCACCAUGCUGUUUUCCCGCCAGUCCACCUUGGACGACUUAGACGACAUUCCCAAAACCAGCGAACGCGCUCGUCCCAAACUGCGCAAAAUGUAUGGCUUGGACAUGUCCAACUCCUCGGCGGACAGCGGAAGCAGCGUCAUCUCCAGUGAAGCGACUCAGUGCGUAACAUUGUUCUCUCGACAAGGCACCAACGACACGAUAGACGAGGCUGAGGACGAGCGAGACCAGCUGGAGGUCAAGAAGAAAACAGCAGAGUCGGAGCGCCGAACCAGUGAGGACAAACCCGACGGAGGCGAUCAGGAGGAAGUGAUGCGGGAAGAGGAAGUCCAAUGGGAUUUGGUAGAUCCAGAAGAAGCAGUGAAAGACGUUCAGGAUCCUCAGCUUGAGUGUGACGAGCACCGAGAGGAAGAGCAGUGUGUUACUGAUGAUGAGGAGGGUGAAGAGUCUAUCCAUCAGGAUGAAGGUGAAUCAUCAGGACCGGAGAACAUGCAAACGGAUCCGGUCAGCGGGCAUCUUUUCACUCCAGACACAGACGCGCCGAACACCUCAGACGCGGACGUGCCGCCCAGCUACAGCAAAGCCGUGAGCUUCGACCGCCUCUCUGUGAGCGACGAAAGCGACAGCGAUAGACGCAUGAUGGUGAUGACCCCCGACAGCAGAUCCGAUCUGGACGACCCUCUGCUGCCCUCCACGACCACCGAUCUGACCGCCAGCGAACUGCUGCUCAACAAAAUGUUCUACGACGAGGAGCUGGAGAAGUCGGAGGGUUUCUAUAAGUCCCAGCCGCUCGGCCUGCAGCUGUGCUACGCUCUCUAUAACCUGCUGGUGGCGCACUCUGAGAUGGUCUGUUACCUGGUCAUUAUCCUCAACCACAUGAUCUCGGCGUCCAUGGCGACACUGGUGCUGCCCAUCCUCAUCUUCCUGUGGGCGAUGCUCUCUGUUCCUCGGCCCAGCAAGCGUUUCUGGAUGACGGCCAUCGUUUACACAGAGGUCACCAUCGUCAUCAAGUACUUCUUCCAGUUCAGCUUUUUCCCAUUCAACCAGAACGUGGAAGUCAACCAGAUGAAGCCGUACCAUCCGCCCAACAUCCUCGGUAUAGAGAAGAAAGAAGGAUACGUGCACUAUGACCUGGUGCAGCUGCUGAUUCUGUUUUUCCACAGAUCCAUACUAAAGUGUCAUGGUCUCUGGGAUGAAGACGACCCUAAAAUGUCCCAAAAAGAUCCGUGUCUUCAUCGGGACGAGUCUGUGGAGGAGGAGAAGAUGGCGGUCGUGAUUCCAGCUGAAGAAGAGAAGAAGAGUUCACCAGCGUACACGUUGAAGACCGUGAACCUCGGCAUGUCCAUGGACUCGUCCCAGGUGCUCGUGCAGAUGCGUUAUCCCGAGCAUCGGCCUUAUCUGCGGCGGCAGAGCACCAGCGGCAGAGCGCACUCGUCCCGACUCUCCUCUGUGCGCUCCAAACGCGGCAGCACGAGCACACGGAGCUUUCGCAGAGAAAACAGUGAGCCAGAAGUACCGCAGAAGAGCCGGAAAGAAAUGAUUAUGGAGAAAAUCCGAGAGCAGCUCAUCAAAGCAAAGGUUUACCUGAUCAAAAAAUUGGUUGCGUUCUAUCAGCCCAUCCGUCAGUUCUUCUACAAUUUGAUCCAUCCCGAGUACAACGCCGUGACGGAUGUUUACGUCUUCAUGUUUCUAGCAGACACCGUUGAUUUCAUCAUUAUUGUCUUUGGCUUCUGGGCAUUUGGGAAACAUCAGGGAGGAGCUGAUAUCACGUCCUCGCUGUCGGAGGACCAAGUUCCCGGGCCGUUCCUCGUCAUGGUUCUCAUCCAGUUCGGCACGAUGGUGGUGGAUCGCGCUCUGUACCUCCGCAAGACUGUGAUGGGAAAAGUGGUUUUCCAGGUCCUCCUGGUGUUCGGCAUCCAUUUCUGGAUGUUUUUUAUCCUACCAGGAAUCACAGACAGGCGUUUCAGUCAGAACACUAUCGCUCAGUUGUGGUACUUCGUGAAAUGCAUUUACUUCGGCCUGUCAGCGUAUCAGAUCCGAUGUGGAUAUCCGACUCGCAUACUGGGAAACUUCCUUACCAAGAGCUACAACUACCUCAACCUCUUCCUCUUCCAGGGGUUUCGCCUGAUCCCGUUCUUGACGGAGUUGCGAGCCGUGAUGGACUGGGUGUGGACGGACACAACGCUCAGUUUGUCCAGCUGGAUCUGUGUGGAGGACAUCUACGCACACAUCUUCAUCCUCAAAUGCUGGAGGGAAUCGGAGAAGCGAAACCCUCAGCCUCGCGGGCAGAAGAAGAAGAAGGUUGUGAAGUAUGGGAUGGGGGGCAUGAUCGUGAUGCUUCUGAUCUGCAUCGUUUGGUUCCCGCUGCUCUUCAUGUCUCUGGUCAAAUCUGUGGCAGGAGUGGUCAACGCUCCACUGGACGUGUCCGUCACACUCACGCUCGGAGGACUUCAGCCGAUCUUCACAAUGAGCGCCCAGCAGAACGAUAUUAAAAAUUUGACUCUCUCAGAAUUUGAAGCGUUCAUGAAGAGCUACAAAACUAAUGCAAACGCCAUGAUGUUCCUGGAGUCUUAUACUCACGAGGAUUUGAGAAUAGCUCAAUUAGAAGGAAGUUCAAACGCGCUCUGGACCAUCAGCCCCCCGAGCAAGAAGCACCUCAUCGAAAUGCUCAAUGGAGAGACAUUCCCUCUCAUCAUGACCUGGUCCAUACAGAGGAACCUCAGUUUAGGUGCCAAAGCUGAAACAGCAAUAGGAAAACACCAAAUAAAUCUGGAUCCAGAAACCAGAACACAACUAAGGAGUCUACUAAGUGAUGUCAACAAACCUGAGCACAAAGAAACUCCAGUGCUCAUCAAAAAUAUUUUUCCAAGAUUCAUCAGAGCACCAAGCGACUCCAAUGCCAAGCCUAUUGAACAGCUUUACCCCGAAAGUGGAGUAUACAUGAACAUCAUGCUCUCUUUACACAAGGCCAACCUAAGCAGCUCGGAGAGCGUUCAGGAGUGGUGGAUCGUGACUCAGACAGAGCGAGGCCCGUUAAAAAAAUCUGAAUCUUGGUCUGGUCUGGAGAUCUUCAUCUUCAGUGACCAAGUCAGUCCGCCCAGUCUGGGCUUUCUGGCUGGUUAUGGAAUCAUGGGUCUCUACAUGUCGGUGGUUCUGGUUAUCGGAAAGUUCGUGCGAGAGUUCUUCAGCGGGAUCUCGCACACCAUCAUGUUCGAAGAGCUUCCCAACGUGGACCGAAUCCUCAAGCUCUGCACCGACAUCUUCCUGGUCCGAGAGACGGGAGAACUGGACCUGGAGGAAGACCUGUACGCCAAGCUCAUCUUCCUCUACCGCUCUCCAGAAACCAUGAUCAAGUGGACCAGAGAGAAGAGCGAGUGAGGAUGAGCUUACGAGGAACUAAGCACAAAGCAGGAAUUGCAAUUCGGUUGGAUUGAACCGGAGAACAGUUGUUCUUCAUGCUAACUGAUGAAACAUUAGCACUCAUUAUGUGCGGUUUUCACCCACUCGCUAGUGUUUAAAGGGCUUGACAAGUGAUGAACUUCAGGGCUUCCAGGCAUGCGCCACUUUGAAUACGACUUUGACCUUUGGGAGUGCAUGCGACAUAGACGGGAAACACUGAUACUGCUUUAGACUUCGGUCUGGGACAAAAACGGUUUUGCAGGAAGCAGAACCGAAGCCCUAUAGGUGGCGCUGUGAAUUAUGUGACAAUCUCUAUUUGCCUUAUUUCAUUUGUACAAUCAACUAAACAUCAUUAUUCACGACCUUUCUCAGGAAUACAUACGGAUCAUUUCACGACAACGGGAUAUCAACCAUUUUUUUCUCAUGUACAACAAAGUAGUGAAGAGGAACGUCUCAACAGUAAUAGCUUUUCUCCUUCGGGACUUUAAGGAGAUCAUCCAUAACUUAUGAACACAGAUUUGGGAAAGCUUGAGGUAUAAUGAUUUUUUCAUAACUGAAGGGAGAUUAUCACAUUACAUUACAAUGAAUCCGUUUCAGCAACUCUCAGUUUAUUGUUUGAUUAUUGCCUCAUUCAGACGAAUUUUGAAUGUUUCUCCAUGCAUUUCUUUGUAAUUGAAAGUGAUUUAAUGAAUUUUUUUACACAGAAAUUAGUUCAGAAUGAAUUUUGAAUGUAAUUCUGUGUACAUUUCUUCAUAAAUCCAAGUGAUUUUAUGAAUUGUUUACACAAUUUUUUUCAAAACUAAGUUUCAGUGUAAUUCUGUGUACAUUUCUUCAUAAAUCCAAGUGAUUUUAUGAAUUAUUUACACAAAUUUGUUCAAAACUAAGUUUCAGUGUAAUUUUGUGUACAUUUCUUCAUAAAUCCAAGUGAUUUUAUGAGUUAUUUACACAAAUUUGUUCAAAACUAAGUUUCAGUGUAAUUUUGUGUACAUUUCUUCAUAAAUCCAAGUGAUUUUAUGAAUUAUUUACACAAAUUUGUUAAAUUAAGUUUCAGUGUAAUUCUGUGUACAUUUCUUCAUAAAUCCAAGUGAUUUUAUGAGUUAUUUACACAAAUUUGUUCAAAACUAAGUUUCAGUGUAAUUUUGUGUACAUUUCUUCAUAAAUCCAAGUGAUUUUAUGAAUUAUUUACACAAAUUUGUUUAAAAUUAAGUUUCAGUGUAAUUCUGUGUACAUUUCUUCAUAAAUCCAAGUGAUUUUAUGAGUUAUUUACACAAAUUUGUUCAAAACUAAGUUUCAGUGUAAUUUUGUGUACAUUUCUUCAUAAAUCCAAGUGAUUUUAUGAAUUAUUUACACAAAUUUGUUCAAAAUUAAGUUUCAGUGUAAUUCUGUGUACAUUUCUUCAUAAAUCCAAGUGAUUUUAUGAAUUAUUUACACAAAUUUGUUCAAAACUAAGUUUCAGUGUAAUUCUGUGUACAUUUCUUCAUAAAUCCAAGUGAUUUUAUGAAUUAUUUACACAAAUUUGUUCAAAAUUAAGUUUCAGUGUAAUUCUGCGUACAUUUCUUCAUAAAUCCAAAUGAUUUUAUGAAUUAUUUACACAAAUUUGUUCAAAAUUAAGUUUCAGUGUAAUUCUGCGUACAUUUCUUCAUAAAUCCAAGUGAUUUUAUGAAUUAUUUACACAAAUUUGUUCAAAAUUAAGUUUCAGUGUAAUUCUGUGUACAUUUCUUCAUAAAUCCAAGUGAUUUUAUGAAUUAUUUACACAAAUUUGUUCAAAAUUAAGUUUCAGUGUAAUUCUGCGUACAUUUCUUCAUAAAUCCAAGUGAUUUUAUGAAUUAUUUACACAAAUUUGUUCAAAAUUAAGUUUCAGUGUAAUUCUGCGUACAUUUCUUCAUAAAUCCAAGUGAUUUUAUGAAUUAUUUACACAAAUUUGUUCAAAACUAAGUUUCAGUGUAAUUCUGCGUACAUUUCUUCAUAAAUCCAAGUGAUUUUAUGAAUUAUUUACACAAAUUUGUUCAAAAUUAAGUUUCAGUGUAAUUCUGUGUACAUUUCUUCAUAAAUCCAAGUGAUUUUAUGAAUUAUUUACACAAAUUUGUUCAAAAUUAAGUUUCAUUGUAAUUCUCUGUACAUUUCUUCAUAAAUCCAAGUGAUUUUAUGAAUUAUUUACACAAAUUUGUUCAAAAUUAAGUUUCAGUGUAAUUCUCUGUACAUUUCUUCAUAAAUCCAAGUGAUUUUAUGAAUUAUUUACACAAAUUUGUUAAAUUAAGUUUCAGUGUAAUUCUGUGUACAUUUCUUCAUAAAUCCAAGUGAUUUUAUGAAUUAUUUACACAAAUUUGUUCAAAAUUAAGUUUCAGUGUAAUUCUGUGUACAUUUCUUCAUAAAUCCAAGUGAUUUUAUGAGUUAUUUACACAAAUUUGGUUAAAAACUAAGUUUCAGUGUACUACUGUGUACAUUUCUUCAUAACUCCAAAUGAUUUUAUGAAUUAUUUACACAAAUUUGUUCAAAAUUAAGUUUCAGUGUAAUUCUGUGUACAUUUCUUCAUAAAUCCAAGUGAUUUUAUGAAUUAUUUACACAAAUUUGUUUCAAAAUUAAGUUUCAGUGUAAUUCUGUGUACAUUUCUUUAUAAAUCCAAGUAAGUUUAUGAAUGAUUUACCCAUAAAUUUGUCUAAAAUUAAUUUUGAAUGUAGUUCUGUGUACAUUUCUUCAUAAAUCCAAGUGAUUUUAUGAAUUAUUUACACAGAAAUUUGUUCGGAAUUAAUUUUGAAUGUGUUUGUGUAAAUUUCUUCCUAAAUCCAAAUGAUUUUAUGAAAUUUUUACACAUUUUUUUUCAAAACUAAGUUUCAGUGUACAUUUCUAUAGAAAUCCAAGUGAAUUUAUGAAUU